UGUACAUGCUAAUGGUGAAAUGGAGUGACCUUGUAGAGCAAUUGAUCUUCAGGACAUAUCCUGAAAUAUACACAUUCCAUAAAUCCCUGAAAGAGAUGUUUCCUAUUGAAGCAGGCCAAAUAGAGAAGAGUGACCGAAUCAUUCCAUCGCUUCCAGCACCACGGUGGGUGGAGAGCCAAAGGUCACGAGAAAGCAAGCAGAACACGUUGACCGAGUACUGCCUGUCGCUGAUCGCUCUGCCGUCGCACAUCUCGCGCUGCGCGCACCUCAACGCCUUCUUCAAAGUGCGGCCUGAGGACGAAAAUCCUCCAGCUCCAAACACAGGCAAAAAAAAUGAAAUCUUCUUAGAGACCAAAGUUAACAACACCAUAUCUGAGAUUUCUGGGCCCAUCAUACUGGACACAUACCGAGUGAUCGCAGAUUUCACCAAGACGUCUAAACACGAGCUCAACCUGUACUCCGGAGACUUGGUGGAAAUUGUGGAGAAGAACCAGAAUGGCUGGUGGUUCUGCCAGUGUGAGACCAAACGGGGUUGGGUUCCUGCCACCUACUUGGAACCCUUGGAUGGACCCGAGGAGGCAGAAGACGUGGAGCCAAAUUACGAAGGAGAGUUGCACAUCGCAGUCCGAGCCUACAAGGCAGAAACGGAGGAUGAGCUCUCGUUGGAAAGGGGGGAAACUAUUGAGGUCAUUCACAAGCUCUUGGACGGCUGGUGGGUUGUCAGGAAAGGCGAGGAGACGGGUCACUUCCCUUCCAUGUACCUGCAGAAAGCAGGAAAAGAGGCCAAAUAUAACAACGAGCAACCACAGGGACAGAAACCGCCACCUCGCAGGUCCACCAUUAAGAACGUCAAGAGCAUUCACGAGCGAUCCCGACAGCGCCUCAGCCAGGAGGCCUACCGAAGGAAUAGCCGCCGAUACCUGCAGCAGAAGGGCGGACAACCCAUCGCCCUACCCCGGAAAUCCAAGAUCCCAGAAAAGUCGCCCCUGAGAGAGCGGAAGAACCAAGGGAACAUUCCCGAGCAGCGCUUCAGUUCGGAGGACGAGCUGAAACCAGAAGCCCCGGUCAUCCCGCCUCGACCGAGUCCAGAGCUCAUCCUGGAACGCUGCACCGACAACACCCGCAAGAAAGUCAGCAUCCGCAACUCUGGAAACAGAAGCAACAGCACCUAGUGAACUUCACUUGGUGUCCCUCAAGGGUCACCCUUGCACCCCCUCCCAUUCCUACAAGUUUCUCUUCUUGUACUCAUUUAUUAAAUAGUCCCUUUGUUGUGGUGAAUCAAUUGCUGAUUAAGUUACAGAUGAAUCGCCCCAUUUGACUUUUUUUUAAAUGAAAAAAGUUAUUAUAAUUGUAAAUAAAUAAGUGCUUACAGUGGUUCCCAACCGUGUGUGUUAUCCAAUUCCAUUUAAUUGGUCCGAAAAUAUUAUCUAGUGCCAACAAAUAAUGUCAUGACUCAAUAAAUAUUGUUAACACUUUUGUAGAUGACCUGGUAGCAGUAGUAUUGUGAAAAGCGUUGGUGUUUUUGUCUCUUCUACUUUCUUACAAUUGAAAAAUAAUGUCAAUAAAGUCGCUAUUGUUCCUUAAAA